AUGCACUCCUGGCGAUCUCCUUGCUUUGAAGUUUCUUCUGAUUCCAUUGGGAAUGAGGAGGAUGUCAUAAGUUGUCCUGGACCCGACGACUCCCCGCCACAUCGCGUUGUCAAGGCGCGCGAUCUUUGGCGAGAACAAGAUGACAUGAUGGAAGAGUUGGUCAGGAACUCGGAGCCUGCCGGUGCCUUCGCUUCGAGCAAUGCGUCGCCUCUUCCAACGGAUUGUGCUGCGGUCGGUGGCGCUUUGUCUUCGACUUCUGUUUUGCCUCCUUUUGACCUAAAAGAAUUUUGGGAAGAGGAAGAUGCAUGGGUGCAUUCCUUGACAGAGGAUCUUGCGCCACGUGCACCAGCCGUGCCGGCCCCGUUUGAUUUGACCGAGUUUUGGAAAGAAGAAGAUGCAUGGGUGCAAUCCUUGACGGUUUCGGCACGCUCGGCUUCACAUACUUCGCCUGCUGCUGCUGCAUCCGCAUCCUCAAGGUCGCCCGACGAAAUUCGCGUGGCAGAUCAAUUGGAAUUGACCGAGAAAAAAAAGAGAAAGUUCAAAUGGGGAGAAUGCCAAUGUGGGAAUUACUCUGUCACUCCAUGGAUCUUCAAAAGUGGUCGCAGAAAGGGAGCUUUGAAACUCGUCUGCCGAAGUUUCUUCAAGAGAGAGAAUCGAUGUUGGUUGACGCAAGAUUUCGAUAUGACUCGUUUUCCAGAAAUUCCAAAGCCAAUGAGAGAUUUGUAUCAAAGCCUGGAGAUGAGUUUUGAACGCAAUGCACACCUCUUGAAGGCGUUGACCAAGCAGUGUCGAGCAGAAGAUUUGUCAGAGCACUUGCGGCAGCAGAAACAUCUGCGUUGCGUGGGCGUGAAGUCUAGGUGCUCAGACUGCCGCAGAUUCAGCGAUGUCAUGGAUCACAGCUUGCUUCCGCGAGUCCGCAUGCCUUUGCCUCACAUAGAUGGAUCCACCGCUCCAACCUUGGAAGCUAUGGCCAGCAACUUGGGCCACGGUGGUCAGAGCAAGUCGAGUUUGCAAAAGAUUCGUUCCGCACUUCUGACCUUCGAAGCCGAGGCGGCGAAGAAACGACAACACAAGAGAAAGUUACGAGGCAUCGUAGAGGCAGAUGCCACUUCUCUUCGAAAACUGAAACUGCCCAGGACUACGACUCUCAGGUAUUUUCAAGCCUUCGGAGUAGCCAGCCGGGAUUCUAGGGAGGUGCAGCUCUACGAUUUAGGCUUCGCAGACGCUCAGAACUAUGGCAAGCCACCCGUGGAGAGUGCAAGGGCCAUUGAAGGUGUGGGUGGACUCAAUGGUGUGAUUCGUGAAGGAACCAUUUUGUGUUCGGACGGUGCCAGAUGCUACCCAAAGUUAUGUCGCACCAAAAAAAUCAAACACUUCUGCUGCUCACAUCGGCAGAGUCAAUUCAAUGUGAAAAAAAGAUGGCAGGGAAAGACAAUUGAUGUCCACACGGGCACGAUUGACAAUGUUUGGCGGCUGAUCAAAGGAUCCUUGCCUAAGACUCUUCAUACGAAGAGUGCUACGAAUCCAACCUUGCUCAAUGGCAAGAUUUGGACGCACGUUCGGGCUUGGCAGUGGCGAUGGGAGAACAGUUCCCACAAAAACCUGUCCAAGCUCACUGCACAGAUUGUCAAGACCACUUAG